CUUGGAGCCCCCUCGGAAGGAAGGCUCUUUCGUUAGGCUGGGGUGUGACCAGGGGGUCACGUCGGUUGCCCGCCUGCUUCGUCAGGCAUCAUUUCAAGUGACAUGUCUGUCCUAUUGACGCAUGCCAUACCGAUGUCAAUCCCUUUUACCUCGCUAACAAAUAACCACUUUGCCACGCUCAACAGAGGUCUUCAGCAAUCUGCCGUACAACGAGAAGGCCGACACCUACUCAUUUGCCGUACUCAUGUACGAGCUGCUAGUCCGGGAGAUUCUGAUCGUGUCGUACUUCAAUACCGGCAAGGGUGAAAAGAUGGGCCUCACGAAUGCCGAGGACUACGCUCGAAAGGUUUGUGAGGGUUUCCGCCCGCCCCGCCCCACCUGCCUGGCCGACGCCGCCUGGGCCCUCAUCGCCGACUGCUGGCAUGACGACCCCGUGCAGCGACCCAGCAUGGGCUCGGUGCUGGCACGGCUGAGGGCGCUGCGGGAGGCGGAGGCGGUGCAGCCGACCGACCCACGGGUCAUGGGCGGCUGUGUGCCUGGCUGUGUGCUGAUGUGAGGCUGAGAAGGUUGAUGAGGGGUGAGGGAGCGGGAAUAGAAUGCGGGCGAUGGGGAAGGUGGGUGAAGGGUUGCAAUGUGUAAGGAGAGAUGAGGGGAUGAUGGGAGAGGGCGGGAUGUUGGGGCCUGGGAUCUACGUGUAUGUGCACACGUGUGCCGUAUUGGGUUGUGCAUGUGGCAGGUGGCAGUGGGUUAACACCAAGUAACAACGAAACGUGGGAAAUGCGCGUGCUUUUAUACGCGAAAAGCCUUCUUGUUUGGUGAGUUCUAAAUUAGAGGGAGUUUUAUAGCUACCGGAUCCUUGGCAGAAUAUGUCAAGUGCAAUAAUACUUAGAUAGGGCGCCCCUUGCUCAUGUUGGCACGAAAAACACGCACACGGCAAUGUCAAUGUUUCUGUUUGAGUUGGGAUUAACUUGCAAAUGAGUUAAUGUUGAGGGUUAAGACGCAAUGGCCGUUGCCGCGAAGAAACCCUUGUGGAGGUUUGUUGUACUUAUGACUUCAAGCGGAUGGGUGUUGCAAGCCCCGGGCGUGCAGUACAAGACCCGGGGGAUGGCUGUCUUUAUAGUUGUGGAAUAGCUACAUCGCUUGGGCGUCACUUUUAUAGUUCUUUGGGUCUUAGUCAUGCACAGUUGCAAUUUGUAUUAGUUAGCUGUUGGUAUGCAUGCUUCAGGCCGCCACAACGCCACGAGCAUUCUGCUAGCCAUAGCCGCAGACAAGUUGUGCUAUUACUGUCAGAUUAGUCACCCUUUAACCGUACACUUGUUUAUAAUUGUGCAUUCGCACAAUGUUUUAUGCACUUGUUUUAAGUAUUAUGUGAGAAGCUGUCUUCUACUCUUAGUCUUUUUUGUCAUGUUCUGGGUAUGUCGGUGGCCGGGCUGCAAUGAUUUACGCGCGACUCUGUUACUGUUUGGAGUGGGAAUGGGGACGCCGUCCAGCUUGACAGGGAAUUAGUUAGGCGAACGUUGUGGAAGGGCAACGUGUUUCAGCUUCCAGUUGUGUAGUGUGGGGCUGGGCCGUCGGCUGGACUUCCUGUCACGUUGACAGUUGGGCCAUCCCUCCGCGACGCUCCUGUGCAGCGCGUGCACCAACCCUUUUGUGGAUGUACGCGUCCCCAGACCCUGACAGGGACCAAUAUGAUCCUUUCUCCCCUUCUUGUCCGAGUCGGGGCAGGGAAUGCAGGGCGACUCUGCUGUUGGCAGCGCAUGACUUGAUGACUCCUUUCUUUGCUUUGUUGUACGGUAGAUACGAUAAUGACCAGUUUGAGGCUAGUAAGGCCCAGACGUCUGUAGUACAUAAGCUUUUUGUUGUACGGAAAUAAGCGGCUGAAUGAAUGGCGGUUGCAGUGGCUAUUAAGCAUCUCUGUAACGCAUCCCAAC